UCAUAGGUUAGCUAACGUGGGCUAGCCUGUUAUGGAAGCAGGAGCACAACCGAGGGGCUGUCUGAUAAAACCGGACUGGCUGGGACUAGUUCUGUGGCGUGAUUUGGAAAGAUAACGCUACAUACCGGAAGCCCCGGGAACGUCUUCCUGGCUGAAAACAAAAACACCAUAGAGACAGCUAAAUCACGGGACAGCUACUAUUCAAGAAUAACAUGGACCCGACAGCUGCGGAGCGUCCAGUAAUUACCCGCCGCCGUCGAGUGUAGCUCCCCCCGGCCGGCAGCUGAACCUCAGCGGCGGCGGCGGCGGCACCUCGGGGCGCGCUUAAGCCACGGGAAUCUUUGUUCGCGUUUUUUUCAUGGGACACAACCGGGCUUCCCCUCCGCUUUGUCGUUGUUUUGCCGCCGUGACAGCACUCCCCUCGGCUGGUAUCUGCUGGCCACCGAGGUCCCCGCAUCCUAUGGACUCUUAACAGUAGUUUUUUGGCUUUUCUGUCGGUCGGUCCCUCUCUAACGGACGCGGCAGUCAUGUUUGCCGUGCGUAUCGUCACCGCAGACUACUACCUGGCGAGUCCCAUAAAAGACCUGGACGUGUGCUAUUCUGAAUUCAGGGAGAGCGACGUGAAGAAAGUGCCGGUGGUGCGGAUAUUUGGAGCAACACCUGCAGGGCAAAAAACGUGUCUCCACCUCCAUGGCAUAUUCCCCUACAUCUACGUGCCAUACGAUGGCUACAGCCAACAGCCAGAGCGCUACCUGCGGCAGGUGGCCUUCAGCAUCGACAGGGCCCUCAACGUUGCCAUGGGAAACCCCGCCUCCAGCACCCAGCACGUCUUCAAAGUGGUGCUUGUCUCUGGAAUGCCUUUCUAUGGCUACCACGCUAAGGAGAAGCACUUCAUGAAGAUCUAUCUAUACAAUCCUCAGAUGGUCAAAAGGGUGUGUGAACUGUUACAGAACGGAGCAGUGAUGAACAAGAGCUACCAGCCCCACGAGGGCCACAUCCCCUACCUGCUGCAGCUCUUCAUAGACUACAACCUGUACGGCAUGAACCUGCUUAACUUGGGGGCUGUCAAGUUCCGCAGAGGCCAGAAAAAAGAAGAUGCAGCAGGGGCGCUCCCAGACAGGCAAACUCCCAGCAGUCGUCCCAGCAUCAGCCCCUGGAAGAGCCCCUGCACCUCCAAGCUCAACGACAGCACCCUGGGGUGCACGUUUGUCCGCUGGGAGGAGAACGCCAUACCCUGCUCCCUAGUCCUGGAUGAGGUGGAGAAGCAGAGCACCUGCGAGCUAGAGGUCGACGCUGUGGCCAUAGACGUCCUCAACCGCCUAGAAAUUGAAAGUCAGAUUGGCAGGAAUCCUGGCCUGCAGGCCAUCUGGGAGGAUGAGAAGCAGAGGCGGAGAGAGAAGAACCAGGCCUCCCAGAUAGAAACCCCAGAGUCGCAAGAUCGUGGGGUUGUCACUUCAACAGAGAGCGAAAAAAUCUUCAUGAAGAGAUUCAAGGAGAUUCUGAAGGAGAACGAGUUUGACGUGACACAAGGUGAAGGGGAGGACCAAGAGGAUUUUCCUGGUGGUCUUACUCUGCAUUCUGACCCUCUGACCCCCGAGGAACUGCUGUGUACCCCAGCUAAUGCUGUGGAGGUGCACAGGGACUUGCAGCCCGACUCUGUGAGGAGCAGUGAUAAAAUCCCAGAGGAGGCUGUUGUUGAUGAGGAGGCCAUCUUGAGCCUCCUGGAGAACAGUCAGACCUUUCUCCCGCUCUCCCAGACAUCCAACCAUUCGCCCCUAUUAGACAGCAGCCAAGACCGUGUCAUCAUUGAUUUGCUGGCAGGCCUGGAGGACGAUGGUUUCUGCAGGACCCCCGUUAGGCAGAAUUCCCAGUCCCAGUCACUUCCUGGUGCCAGGAGCUACCACUGCAACAGCGACGAGGAGGAGGCAGGGCCCGAGCUGGACAAGGAAGAGGCUGAGCUCAGCGUGAUAAUGUCACAGCGGUGGGACAGCGAGGCUCCUCAGAGCUCAUCCUUAGCAAGGCCCGGUGUGAAGGAGCCAGAGGACGGCUUCAGUGACGAGCAGCAGGAGUCCUCUGACGAAGACAUGGAGUGGAGUGGGAAUAACUCUCUGUUCGCCAACCUGUCCAUCCCCCAGGUCGAUGGGGCUGCAGACGAGAGCAGUGAUUCGUCCUUAACAGACAGUGGCUCCAGGACCCAGUCUUCUCUAAUAGUCACAGAAAAGAUGCUCGGGAAAAGGACUCCCUUUUCUGGGGAGCCUGUUCACCUGGAGUGCAAGCACUCCGAGCACAGACAAGUUCAUGUGCUGGACACUGAGCAACCACUUGACAAGCACUUUCAAUCGAAAAGCAGCCAGGACAGCAGUAGUGAAUGUUCAACAGGGUUCAAGGUCAAUAAAGAAAUCCCCUACAUCCCACCAGUCAAACACCCCAUUCCCUGCAAGAUGGCCAGUCACCCUGAGGUAUCUCCCCUCUGCGUAGACAAAGAGGACAUACGACCCCUAUACACCUAUGAAAAGAAAACCUCCAUACCUUUGGAUAAGACAGAUUUAGAAAGUUUCCCAUUUGGUAAUGGAAAGGUCACCAAAAACAGGAAGAAGUACGGCAGCAUAAAGAAUGUAGAAACUAACUGUCUGUCCAUUCUUCAGAACCACAGGACCUUCUCGCUUUGUUACUCUGAGCUGAGAAACUGCUCAGCUAAGACAGAGCUGGAACUGAGCCAGAAGGACAGUAAAAGCCCCAUCCUGAGGAACAUCUCCUCAUCUCCAUCACCCAUGGAGGAGGAUGAGUUUCUUGAUCCUCAGGUGGAAGAAAUAGGCCAGGAUAGUGAGGAGGGGGAUGUUGGUGAACUCAAAAUCAGGUACGAGGACUAUCAGGAAAAUAAGACCGAGAGGACUAUAGUGGCCCAGCAGGAAGCACACUACAAGUUCUUCCCAAGCGUCAUCCUCUCCAACUGCCUCAGUAGGAAGAAAGCUGGGAGCAAAAAGCUAACUGAUUCUUGCAGUGAGCUAGAACAGGCCGAGCCUCGCAGAUCUAGACUAAAAGUGAAUAGAAAAAGGUUGGGAAUGGUAGGACAGAGGAACAGAUUAAACAUAGUUGAAAGCUCUACCUCUGACAGCCAAGUUAGUACUGGCCUCACCUCAGUCACACCUGCUUGUCCGGUGACUGCAGAACCAGAGAUGCCAAUUUUGAAGGAUGAGCCAAUUAAAGAGGCUGAGCCAAUUAAAGAUGGGCCAGUCACAAAGGAGGAGCCAGAAAGUGAGGACAAGUCUGUAAAUGAACAGACAAAACCAAUUUCAGAACCCCUUGCUACCCCUGUUUCCAGUUUUACUAAAGAAGUGAAAGAGUCAGCAGAGGAUAGGUUAAGCCCACUGCAAGAUUUAUCAGCUAAAGUCACCUGUACUAAACCUUCAGCACUGCCUGGUAGUAAAUACACCCUGAGGACCAAACGGAAGAUGAUCUAUGAUGGCGAGGAUGGUGAACACUCAGGUGCCACUCGUUCUAAAAACCCAGACUCCAUCAAAGAACGAGUCAAGGAUGUGAAUGUCACCAGUGGGCAGGAAGUAAAAUACCAGAAACGGCGCAAGAAGGAACCCCCUAUCAUCAUCAAGUAUAUUAUUAUCAACAGAUUCAAAGGACAGAAAAACAUGCUGGUGAAGAUGUCAAAAGUGAAUGCAGAGGAGCAGUUGGUAUUGCUGACGCCUAAAAAGCUAGAGCAAUACAAUAAACUUGCACCUCUCAAGGAAUUCUGGCCCAAGGUGCCAGAAUCCACUGCUGUCAAGUUUCCCAUCACUGAGCCAAAGCCCAAAAAACAACCCAAAAGAAAGGCAAAGGUCAACUCCACUAGUAAGAAAACAGUCUGCAACUCCUCUAAGUCCCGGGUCAGACAGGGAGAGAGGGUCAAAAAGAUUAAAGGCUGUCAGAGAGGCCCAAUUCUACCCUCUCUACCGCCUCCUCGACCAUGUUACUGUGAGCUAGCAGAUGACCAUGGCAUUGAGUAUUCUGAUGUCAUGGUAGAGUUGGGCUACCUCUCUGACAGAUCCCCAAGCCCUACAGACUCAACACCCCCACGUUGUUGGUCCCCAAGUGACCCUCUUAUGGACACAAAUAGUUCAGAACAGCUAAUAAAUCCACUUAGUGACCCAUGUCUUAGUUCUGCUUUUCACAAGCCACGCACAGUGUCUUCAACCAAAAGAGCACAAAAUAAAAAACCUAAGAAAUUCACAGACACUAAAAGGAGAGUAAGAAAGUCUGCUAUUAAGCCUCAAGAGGAAGAGGAACCCAAAAAAGAGAAACUGAAAAAAAGUGGUGGUGCUGCUCAAAGGCAGAGAAAGAAAGCUAAAGAUACAGCUGAAGCUACUGUCAACAGUUCUACAAUCACUACAAGACCUAGAAAGUCUCGCAAAAAGAAGACUGAAGAACCCAAAAGCCAGGACUCAAGCAAAGACCACUCCCAGCUCCUUUUCCCAGAGGAUGAGUUACCUUCUUCUGAGAGCUCCUCUCAAGGUGUCCCUCCAUUUCAACAGCCAGUGAGCACAGAUCACAACAGCCAGGGUAAUUCCCAAAUGGCAUCUAUAUCAGUAGCUCAGACUAUAGAACCAAAAGUUGAGGACUGUGAGGCUUCUAUCAUGGAGGUCAACCAAAGCCUUUCAGCACCAGCUCAACUGAAGCAGCAAGGUUGCCAGACCACUGUGGUAAAGGCAGAGGAUUCUCAGGAGUGCAUGGCCCCUCCACCUCCUCUGGCUGGUAGAUCUGUAUUGGAAGACAGUAAAGAAGCACAGCUAGCAACAGCCUCCCCUUACUCUGGCCCUAAGAACGGGGAAAUCCCCACUCUCUCUGAGACCCCCUCUGGCUUGGCUGUCCUAAAGCAGCUUCUCCAAAAGAGGCAGCAGGGACAGGCCCUUCCUUUACAAGUGGUUGGUGCAGACCGCCACUCCACUGCCAUAGCUCAGGCUGCAGCACUACUAGAUCCCACAACUAAACCAGUCAAAUCCAGAAGAGCUCCCCCCACCACUCCUCGGAAACCCAGGGCGCCAAAAUCUACCAAUCCCAAGGAUAAAAAGCCCAGAAUCAGGAAAGGCAAAGCAAGCAACACUCAGCCAAAUCUGUCAGUGAAGCAGGAGGGCAACGUGUCAGAUGACAGCCCCAUCUUCCUGUCAGACCCAGGCCUGGACAGUUGCAACUUCAUAGAGGACAGCUUAUCACCAGAGCUCCCACACAACUAUACCUUUGAUAUAAAUGCUAUUGACCAGACAGAGUUCUCCAGCCCAUACAGUGGCAGUCAGUUUGUCCUGACUGAUAAGAAUUUACCAGUCAAGUUCCUGAGUGAUGUAAGCCAGGAAGCUGUAUCUGCUCAGGUACUGGGCUUUGAGAAGAAGCUCGAUAAGCUAUUUGGUUCUGUGGAGGAGCUACAAAGAGGUUCUGACUGGCACAAACCAAGGCCAGCCAGCCCAGACCUCUUUGAUAGACCUGAGAAUGGGGAGUCAAAUCACCUCACAUUCCUUGACUCUGAGAAAAUCAAGAGCAAAGAGUGGGACUUCUCCUUAGGUAAAGCCCAUACACUCAGUCCCUUUCAAGACUUUCACUGUGAGAAUAAAGAGCUGCUCUUUUCCGUCUUCGACCCUGUCCUACCUUUGCCUUUAAGUUCUGCGUCAUUCGUCGACCAUGAGGGCUCCCCAACAGGUGAGCUUCUGGAGGGCAUUGAUGGACUAACAUCCACCACACCCAGUAGCUCUCCACGCUCCAUCAGCUCACUGUCCCAAGUGAGGGCAAGCCAGUUGCUGCGGGGGGGAGGAGGUGGAGCCCACAUUCUCAAGCCCCUCAUGUCCCCUCCAAGCCGGGAGGAGAUCCUUAGCACUCUACUGGACUUGGAGAUGUCAGAGGCCACCUUCCAGGAGCCGUUCUGCAGCGAUCCCUCUGAUGCGCCAGGGAAACCAAUGGAGGUUGGUGGCCGUAAGUUAAUGGUGGGUACCAGACUGGCUAAGGAGCUAGCAGAGUUUAGUGGGGAACUCUGUUUAGAGGGCCUCCGUUUCUGGAAGACGGCCUUCUCAGCCAUGACACAUCCUGCCAUCACUAUUACCUCAUCUUCUCAAGACAGAAGUAAAGAGCAGGUCCAGCUUGACCCAUCUGCAGCCAGUGACAAGAAGAUCAUCCUUCUGCCCUGCAAAAACCCACCAAGCCAAGAGCGCGUGCACCUGUGGCUGGAAGCCAGGAAACAGUACGAGAGUUUACAAAAGGGGAGAAGAGACACAGGGGGGCUGAAGAAAGGGGCUGGGCUGGAUGUGGAGGGGAACCCAGAGAGAACUGAGCAGCCAUCUGCUUCAAGUUGUCCAGCAGUAAAUGUUGAGCUGUGCUCCAGUAUCAGAAACCAAAGGAGAAAGAAACGCAACCUGUCCUUAAUCAUAUCUCCCAUGAAGAAUAUAGGCUUUCAAUGUAGAUCUACAGAGGGGAGUCCAGUUUCAGAUGAAGGCGGUGUGGUUAUUGAGCAGGAGAGUGGAGAAAAAGAUGAUGAUGAUGAUGAUGAUGAUAAAGCGACCUCUCCAGAGUUCCCAGAGUUGCCUCCCUGGCAGCAGUCCUGUCAGCCUAGCCCCUCAGCACCAGACCAGCUCAGCAAAAACUCUCCAGAACCUCUGUCACCUAGGCUGUCCAACUCCCUGGAGAAGCUAGGGGAGAAUCUUAGCCCCUCACUCCUCCAUGCCAGUAACACGGAAGAGGAGAGGACUAGUCCCCUCCUCCUUCACAGCACCCCCUUUUUAAGGAGGCGGCGAAGAAGCAAUGAAGAUCUGGAUCCAGUGUGCAGCACGCCCAUAUCUCAGGAGGAUCCCACUUCUCAGAGGCUCCAGCAGAGGAGGAGAAGCCAAGCAGACCCACUGAGACGAGUGUUACUGACAACACAGAUGAAGAACCAGUUUGCUGCUUUGAACGUGCCAAAGAAAGAUAAUUCUCAGAUUGAAGGGCCCAGCAUAGCCAACUCGUACGGCUUCAAAAUCAGCAUGCAAAACCUGCAGGAUGCCAAAGCUCUGCAUGAGGUCCAGCACCUAACACUGAUGGGCAUGGAGCUCCAUGCAAGAACCCGACGUGACCUCGAACCUGACCCCGAAUUUGACCCCAUAUGUGCCUUAUUCUACUGCCUCAGUUCUGAUGGUCCCCUGCCAGAUGAAGACAGCACCCAGCUGACGGGUGCCAUUGUAGUGGACAAAGACCAUCAAAGUUGUGACCGAGGAGGUCACAGAGGAACAGCGCCCCUGCUGGUCAGGUCGGGCGUCUCUGGGCUGCAGGUGACCUACGCCACUGAUGAGAAAGUGCUGUUUCAGGAGUUGAUCACCAUCAUGAGGAGGUUUGACCCAGACAUCCUGGUGGGGUACGAGGUGCAGAUGCAUUCCUGGGGCUACCUCCUCCAGCGGGCUGCAGCGCUUGGGGUGGACCUGUGUCAGCAGCUGUCGCGGGUGCCAGGUGACUCCAAAGAGAACCGCUUCGCUGCAGAGAGGGAUGAGUACGGAGCCGACACCAUGACUGAGAUCAACAUUGUCGGACGCGUCACCCUCAACCUGUGGAGGGUGAUGAAGACUGAGGUUACGUUGAACAACUACACUUUUGAGAACGUGGCUUUCCAUGUACUUCACCAGCGCUUCCCCAUGUACAGUCCCCGCACACUGUCCGACUGGUUUGACCACAACACUGACCUCUACAGGUGGAAGAUGGUAGACCACUACAUGAGCCAUGUGCGUGGCACCAUGCAACUUCUUCAGCAGCAAGACAUCAUUGGCAGAACCAGUGAGCUGGCCAGAGUAUUUGGGAUUCAGUUCUUUCACGUUCUGACCCGAGGAUCACAGUACCGUGUGGAGUCCAUGAUGCUACGCGUGGCCAAGCCGUUGAACUACAUCCCUGUGACACCCAGCAUCCAGCAGCGAGCCCAGCAGAGGGCGCCGCAGUGCAUUCCUCUGGUGAUGGAGCCCGAGUCUCGCUUCUACAGCAACUCAGUGAUUGUACUGGACUUCCAGUCGCUCUAUCCCUCCAUCGUCAUCGCGUACAACUACUGCUACUCCACCUGCCUUGGCCACGUGGACAGCCUGGGAACGCCUGAUGAGUUUAGGUUCGGCUGCACCUCCCUGCGGGUUCCUCCGGAGCUCCUCUACCAGCUCCGCAAUGACAUCACCGUGUCACCCAACGGCAUCGCCUUCGUCAAGUCCUCAGUACGUAAAGGGGUCCUGCCCAGCAUGCUGGAGGAAAUCCUCAACACGCGGAUCAUGGUGAAGCAGUCAAUGAAAGCCCACAAGCAGGACAAGGCCCUGAUGAGACUGCUGCACGCCAGGCAGCUCGGGCUGAAGCUCAUCGCAAACGUCACCUUUGGCUACACCGCCGCCAACUACUCCGGACGCAUGCCCAGCGUGGAGGUUGGAGACAGCAUCGUCCACAAAGCCAGAGAGACCCUGGAGAGAGCCAUCAAGAUGGUCAAUGACACUAAGAAAUGGGGAGCACGCGUUGUGUAUGGAGACACCGACAGCUUGUUUGUUUUGCUGAAGGGAGCCACCAAAGAGCAGGCCUUCAAGAUCGGCAACGAGAUCGCUGAGGCAGUGACUGCAACCAACCCCAAGCCAGUCAAACUUAAGUUUGAGAAGGUGUACCUGCCCUGUGUGCUGCAGACAAAGAAGCGCUAUGUGGGCUACAUGUACGAGAGCCUUGACCAAAAGGAGCCCGUGUUUGACGCUAAAGGGAUCGAGACAGUGCGGCGCGACGGCUGCCCUGCUGUUUCCAAGAUUCUGGAGCGUUCCAUUAAGCUGCUGUUUGAGACUCGGGACAUCAGCCAGGUGAAGCUUUUCGUGCAGCGUCAGUGUGUCAAAGUUCUGGACGGCCGGGCCAGCAUGCAGGACCUGACCUUUGCCAAGGAGUACCGGGGCAGUGGCUCGUACCGGCCCGGAGCCUGCGUGCCUGCCCUGGAGCUCACCAGGAGGAUGAUGGCGUACGACCGUCGUCUGGAGCCGCGCGUGGGUGAGCGGGUGCCCUACGUGGUUGUAUAUGGAAUGCCUGGUGUGCCCCUCAUUCAGCUGGUGCGGCGGCCCAUGGAGGUGCUGCAGGACCCGAGUCUCCGCCUCAACGCCACCUAUUACAUCACCAAGCAGAUCCUGCCGCCACUGGCGCGCAUGUUCCAGCUGAUCGGAGUGGACGUGUUCAGCUGGUACCAGGAGCUCCCCCGGAUCCAGAAGGCGUCCUGCUCCUCGGCGAUGGGUGGAGAGGAAGGGGGGAGGAAGGGAACCAUUUCCCAGUACUUCACCACGCUUCACUGCCCCGUGUGCGACGAGCUGACCCAGCUGGGCGUGUGCUCACGGUGCCGCGCCGAGCCCCAGCGAGUCGCGGUUACACUCUACCAGGACAUGAGACAGUGGGAGAGUCAGCAAGACCAGCUGCUGAAGAUCUGUAGGAACUGUAGCGGCUGUGCAGAGCGGCACGUGCCCUGUGUGUCUCUGGACUGUCCCGUCCUCUACAAGCUGUCUCGGGUCACCAGACAGCUCUCCAAGGCGCCGUACCUCCGACAGCUGCUGGAGCAGUUCUGAUUGGUUCCUGAACCCCGGAGCUCUCCACUGAUUUGGUGCUAAUUGCUGCCCCCUCCCACCCCCAGUGUUUCAUUGUCCAUUCAGUUGUAAUAGUUUAAAUGGUGCUUUGAUUGAACCCUGUUGGGUUUUCAUUUGUCUUGUAACUGUUAAGUAUUUCUCUGCGUGUGCAGACUCUGGUUUGAGCCUCCUGUGAGGAGCGUCCCUCCCUCCCUCCCUCCCUCCCUCCCUCCCUCAAGCUUGUGUUUGUCUUCAUGUUUGUUUGCUGCCAUCUCCAGUAGCUGCUAUGGGCUGAGUAAAGCUGAUGUUUUUGGUGACACAGCGACAGACUGCCUGUCAUGGAACUGAGUGCAGUCCAAUCCAGGAGGAAUUGUCUCAUGUGCGCUGUAGCAGUUUGAAGUCACUGAAAGGAACUUCCUUUCAAAUCUCAAGACAAACUACAUUCAAACCACUAAUUGACUUUUCUUCAUUUUUAUAUCAACUGCAGUCUUUCUGUAAAUAGUUCCUGUAUAGCUCCAUCUAUAAUCUCACUGUGCAUUAGCAUUAAAAAAAUGAAAGCUCCGGCCAUGAAUGCAAUCAAAUGUUUUUAUGCAUUCUGUUAGAGAAUGACAUGUUCCUUUUAACAUUGAUUGUAUUGAUGUCCACUUUGGCAGAUUUGACACUUCACACUCUAUAGUGUGGGACUGGAAACCAUUUCAGUUUUUAGAAUCUGGGACUGUUGCAAUACCGUAUUUUGAUAUUAAUUUAUGUCAAAAAGAGUCUAUUGUUUGUGCAUAUAUGGAUUUGUGUACGUUUCCGAUUUUCAGUGCAAAAAAUGUCAUCAAAGCGCGUCAAGAUUGAAUCUUCUAUUCUCCAUACAGCCGUACACAGGACCUGUGUAUUUGUAUAAAUGUAAAAAAUAAUAAUGAAGGAGGUGUUGUUUUUGUUUGUUUUUAAUGGACAUCGCUGUGGGUGGAGGUUUGAGAUUGAUAUAAUAAAAAGUCAAUGUAUUAAAA